UUGACUGUUAAAAUUUAAUGUGGCAUAAUAACUGAACAUAAUUUGAUCUUGCCCAAACCAAACCCUAGUUCUCAUUUCUUCUCUCUUCAGCCAGUGGAAUCUGCAGAGCAGCAAUCACCAGCAGUUUUGUAGCAUUUGUUUUGUUGGGGCAGACCAUGGAUGACUUGUUUGAUUCUUCGUUGAACUUGGAGGACACCCAUUACAAGGAAGGCUACGAUGAAGGCCACAGUCACGGCCUUGUCGCUGGCAAGGAAGAAGCCAGACAGGUUGGCCUCAAGGUUGGUUUUGAGAUUGGAGAGGAGCUUGGUUUCUAUAGGGGUUGUGUUGACAUAUGGACUUCGGCACUUCGGCUUGAUCCGACUUGUUUCUCUCCACGAGCCAAAACAAUUAUUAGCCAGAUGGAGGAGUUGAUUGAGAAAUACCCUCUCAUGGAUCCGGAAAAUGUACAAGUGCAAGAGAUCAUGGAUAGCCUCAGGCUCAAGUUCAAGAUGGUUUGUUCUUCUUUGCAUGUCAAACUUGAGUAUAGUGGCUAUCCAAAGUCUUCUACAGAGGCCAAUGAUAUUCAGUUUUGAGCUGCUUAUGAUAUUUUCAGUCAUCUAGAGAUACCAGUGUGUAGAGAUACACUUAGCUGGGUAAGUUGAUGAACAAAUUGCAUAUUAUCAUUUCUAUAAACAGUCGUAUGAGUCAAUGUAUUAGAUAGUUAUUUUAUAUUAAAAAUGGUAAUGUAUACCUUGCUUAUGAACAUAAUCUUGAUAAGUUUUGUAGAGAAUGUUAUUCAAGAAUGACAGCUUUCUUUUGCUA